GAGAAGAAGGAGAGGGAAGUAGGAGAAGAAGUGACGCUGUAGCAGCAGUUUAUUUGGUUUCAGAAAGUGGUCAAACAUAUCGUGAAUUUUUUAUUCACCCAGAGCUACAGCCAGACGUUUUAUUUUGACGAAAGGCUUUCAACACCCAAGCCUGAGGAAGUCGAUUUGUUGACUUCCAAGAGCACCGUGCGCCGAGGUGAAUUGAUGUUCAGCUCGGCUACACGAGAAGACAACGCUCAUUGGCACAUGAAAACCUCAGGACUUGCUGGACGUAAAUGUGCAGCGAGAAGUAGAACAACUACUUCGAGGACCUGGAGCCCAAUUGGCGAGGAGAAAUUAAGAAGUAAAGACAUCGACGAACUCAACUUGGUCACAACAAAGAGGUGACACACAGUGUGAGCAUAAUGGGAGGCGGAGAGAGGUACAACAUUCCAGUUUCCCACCCAGAUCGUCCAGUGCCCAAAAAGAACAGUCAGCUGGGGAAGGGCAAACAGAGGUCCCGUGACCAGAAUGGGGUGCCGCAUGCGGCCUCCCCUGGAGCCCCACUAGGUUCUCACCAUCACGGUCAUCGCAGGGCAGAGAAGGGCACAAGCUACCUGUGGUCCAAGGAGUCGAGGCAGGCCACAUCAGCGGAGAAAAAGAAUGCCACUGUCCGUUUCGCCACCACCUACGACCAAAACUGGGAAGGUGCCGUGUCCCACCUGAACAAUCUCUUGGCGUCCCAGUGUAGCCAGAGUUACGCUGGUGCCAAGUUCAGCGAACCCCCUUCCCCAAGUGUUCUGCCCAAACCACCAAGCCAUUGGGUGUCUCUUCCCAUGACCCCCUGCGACCACCGUGAGAUGAUGGCCUUUCAGCUGAAGAGCCUUCUUAAGGUGCAAGCCUGAGUAAGACUCUUCACCACUAGUCCCUCAAAGCCAACCUUAUGAAAGAAGGCUCUGCUUUUGGUUUCCCGCCCUCCUGGAAACGCUACAGUGCAGUAAUACGUGUUUUUUAGAGCUAUUUUUAGAUUUAAGUCUUACAUGACGACCAUUUGGCACAGAGGCGUUCAGGUGAAAAUUGGUCGCUCUUUUUUUUAAACUUUUAACUUGACAGAAAUAUUACUUCAUUGCAGCCUUACAGGUGGGUGGGAAUACUCUUAGCGGAGUCUGUUUCCGUGACUAACGAUGAACUGGAUAUCCUUUUUUUUUCCAUUUUGUUUGUUGGUUUUUUUUUUUUGCUCUGUUAUGAAUUGUUCUGUUUUGU